AUGGCAACAAGAGCUAAGAUUCUUAAACAGUCAGAAAACAAGAACCUAAUCGCCGUCAUCGGUGACGAAGACACUGUUACUGGCUUCUUAUUGACUGGGAUUGGCGAAAGGAACCACAGGGGCGAGACAAAUUUCUUUAUAGUAGACGACGCAACCCCACAAUCAGCAAUUGAAGAAGCUUUUCAAAGGUUUUUGUCAAGGCAAGAUAUUGCAAUUAUCCUGGUCACCCAGAAAAUCGCUGAUAGAGAAAUAAAGCACUUAAUUAGCUCACAUGACGAUAUGUUGCCUGCAAUUUUGGAAAUUCCAAGCAAAGAUUGUCCUUAUGAUCCGGAAAAAGACUCAAUCAUGCAGAGGGCUGCAAGACAGCUGUAUGGGGCUGAUAGAGCAGAAACGGAACUUAAAGCGCCUUCAGCUAAAAAAGUUGCUUAA